CUCCAGAAGUCACAUGGCACCUGGCGAAGCGGGUAUAACGAAAAUGGCUCACGUUGCUGACUAGUCGCGUAUCGCAAUGGGCCCCGCCGAAAUAUCAGAGCCGGCUUUCACCAAACGACCUGCAUUGUCCACAGGCUUCCCUCGUUGGUUUUACGACCCUUAUGCUUGAAGUAUCAAGCCUUUCAGCGCGACUCUAGACCGCACCUUCUUGUCCCGGCAGUUGUGUCACGGACGUUCACAAUUGUCAGCCUCAGCGAUGGCAAUGUCGCUUUUGAAGCGCACUUGCUCGAUAGGACUCUAUGGCUCGUCGCGGCGGCCGGGUCCUAGCAGGCAUCCUGAGGCAUGCACUGUCAGCCGGCGCAGCGCCUCCGUGCGCAAGCAGCUUGGCCUAACGUGCCAGUCAUCUGCAGUGGCUUCUGUGCCGCUUGUUGGCAUUGAUACAGGCGCUUUCCUGGACUCCUUGGAGGGCACCGCCGCCUUCAACAACAUUGUCCCGUUCCCGCUUCCCCAAGACCACGACGCGCCCCUGUCCACUGGCACCGCUGCUGUCAGCGCCGUGCCUGCGCCGACGACAGUCAAGGCCGCCGCAACAACUGUGCGCUAUGCCAAGGUCGCUGUGGGCCCGGUGUGGGGCCCCGCCUGGAUUCCCAGCAAGCUCCCCGGUCCCACGGCAGACGACAGCAGUGGACUGGACUUCAUCGACCUCUUCGACAUGCCCAUGCCCGAGGUGAUGGCGCGCGUGGAUGACGCCGCCACCUUUCGAAUGCUGGGCUGCGCCCAGGGCGCACUGCACCGCGUACCGGCGGCCGCUGGCUCGCCCGCCCAGCCGGCCCUGCCCGCCGCCGUCAACAUCAACGCCCUCACCCGCUUCCGCAACGCCUGGAUCCGGAACGUGUCGCCCGUGGUGGCGGCCUCGGUCCGCGACGCCAUGAUUGCGGACCGCGCCGAUAAAAAGCGCAAGGCCCAGGCGCUGCUGGAGUCGCAGAAGGCCGCGUGUGUCGCGCUCGGCAGCCCCUCCGCCACUUCGCCAUCACCGCCCGCGCCACCGCCUUCGCCAUCAUCCAAGACCCGUGGCGGCAGCGCCAGCAUUAAAUGCCGGUUCGUCUCGGCCGGCGGCGGCGGCGAGCAGCAGGCGGUCGCGUCCACCUCCACGGCGUCGGCCAUGUGCGGCAGCGGCGGCAACGACAGCGCCGAAGCCUCCGCAUCCAACGCACCGGCCUCCUCCGCCUCGGCCUCGUCACUCUCAUCCUCAGCCGCCGGCGGCGGUGCCGUCGGCAACAACACCGCGGCGGCGGCAGCGGAGGAGCAGCAGCAGGCCGCCUCGCUGUCGCCCUCGGCCAGCGUGGGAGUGCCAUCCAGCACGACCGAUGGCGACCUGGAUGCAUCCCAGUUGCCGCAGCGGUCCUCAAGCUCCCAUGGUGGCUGCGGCGGCCGGCGGCGCGGCAGCCGCGGCCGGGGCCUGGACGGUGCCGGCCGUCAGCAGGACGGUCAGGGCAGCGGAGCCUCCUGGAUCUAGCGGGUCCGUGCAUCGCACACGGCAGAAUCACAUAGCUGACAGUACGGCAGCGCGGGUAAGAUAGAUAGGAUUUGCGGCGAGGCCGCAGCGCAGUGCGUCAUUAUACAUAGGCUCUUUCUUAUGCUGCUGAAAAACCCGACACACUGCUUGACUAAUAUUUACAGCCGGGCAAAUGUUUAGGCUGAAGGUGAAGAGUCGCGCCAUGAGUGUCAGGGCCUGGAUUCGGCCUGGCCCUACUAGCGUGCCUACCUAACCUGCUUUCCCAAAUCCAGGCCAGCUGAGUAAGUCUGCAGCGUGGCCUGGUCCUGAAGUGUUUCGCAUGUUGUUUUGCUGAAGCUUGGUGGAAGGAAGAAACUCGGAGGUAUCUGAACAGGCAGCGCGCGUCUUCUGAUUCGAGGCGCGCGCACUAGAGCGCUUUUUACACAAUUUCCCUAGCGCUAAUAGUACGGUAUGGACGAAACACUGGGCAGCACUGGGGCAUCACGAAUGCCGCGUGGUAGACGGUAUUGUUCAACAGGCCUUGUGUUAUUAAAGGACCACCAAUGCUGCCGUCCAGAAGCGGAUGGCCGACUGGUGGGCAUUUUGCUGUGACUGCGUUUUUGUAUCGUGCUUGGGAGCGCUACUGCGGAUCUACACGAUGUUUUGUGCAGGGUUGCGGGACUGUUUGGCGUGUGCGCCCUGACUGAUCAGCGUCAGAGGCCUGCGGACCAUUUCGGAGGUCGUUUUCCCUGGAUGUCGGACAGCAAUUGAUUGAUGCUUUUGGAGAUGGUUUGAGGCUUAGAGCAUGUGCCGGGCCACUGGGGACCCCUUGGCUCAGGCCGGGCGCUUGUGCUUUGAUUGCGAUUGACAUGCGGAAGGACCGUUUGUGAGACGGGCGACAGUGCUGGUAAUCAGGAUUCAAUAGAACAGUGGGUGGUCGUGGACGAGAAGGCUUGCAUUCCAUGCAAGGGUUGCAAGGGUUGAUACCGGUACGGAGAUUAGGCGCCGCCGGAAGGUAUGCGCGGUUUUGUGUGUGUAUACACACAGUGUUCCGGACACCGCGCACAUCGCCUGACACAGCGUGGCAUGUAAGUACAUGUACGC